AAGAAACCGAUUCACACACCGAAUUCUCGUUCUCGACUCAGUUUCUUUGUUGAAGAACUUUUCGCCGGGUUUUCCGUCUUGCUCCAUAGGCAGAGUUUCACUGUCGGAUUCUCCAGGGCCAUCACCGGGCUUUCGCGGUGUCUUGCUUUCUCCGAUCAUCGAGUCAAUUUCUGGGCAUACACGGCGAGGAAGGUAAGAGAGAUUGCUGUUGGGAGGAGAUUGAUAGAUAGAUAGGUUACAGCGUCUGCCAUGAAAGGGAUUGUGAGGCUUCUAACUUCUGUUUCGCGGUGUGGAGCUGGCGAGAUUGUUUGUUACAGAUCGACAUCUUCUUCUUCACUGGCAUCUCAGCGACUGCUUUUCAUCUCGGCAGCAGCCCAUUUGCCGACAAAUACUCCUACAUCUUCAAGAUCAAGAUCUCCUAUCCUUAUUGGGAAAUGGGCCUGCUUGGGAGCAGGGCAGAGGAGAACGAUGUUUAUCCAAACACAAUCAACACCCAAUCCUUCUUCUCUAAUGUUUCAUCCUGGUAAACCGGUCAUGGAGGUCGGAAGCGCAGAUUUCCCUAAUGCUCGUUCAGCUAUGGGUUCUCCUUUGGCUAAAGCCAUUUUUGCAACUGAUGGUGUAGUUCGAGUUUUCUUUGGGUCAGAUUUUGUCACUGUAACAAAGUCGGACGAUUUAUCGUGGGAUGCCCUCAAGCCUGAAAUUUUUGCGGCGAUAAUGGAUUUCUACUCUUCAGGCCAGCCUUUGUUUCUCGAUGCGGAAGCUGUCACAGCAAAGGAUACCGCCAUUCACGAGGAUGAUUCAGAGACUGUAGCAAUGAUCAAGGAACUGUUAGAGACCCGGAUUCGACCAGCUGUCCAAGACGAUGGUGGAGACAUCGAGUAUCGUGGAUUUGAUCCGGGAACUGGUAUAGUUAAACUCCGGAUGCAAGGAGCUUGUAGCGGUUGUCCAAGUUCAUCUGUUACUCUGAAAUCAGGAAUCGAGAAUAUGUUGAUGCAUUACGUAUCCGAGGUGAAAGGCGUAGAACAAGAAGUGGAUGAAGAAGACGAUGAAACUGGCCGGAUGGAGCAGUAGAAGGUCUGUGAUAAGGCUUUUCCGGGUUAUACAAGGAAGAAGAAGGAAGCAGAGGUGAAAGAAACAAUGAAGGAGAGAUGGUGGGGCCUGAUUCGAUAUUAGAAAAGGAGCUCGGAGCAGCAAAGGAGCAGCAGUAGAGGAACAUUCCUUGCAGAGAAUAAAUGCAGAGGACGUUAUGUUAUGUGCGUGCAUGCUUUUAGGUUGUUGCAGGUGUCACCUCAGCAAUUCUGUUAGCUGGGUGAGCCCUUAUAUAUUUACGUUUUUCAUUUGAGAAGAGGGUAUCUGAGAACUUGAAUCUUUUGUAUGGGAAGAGAGGGUAUGCCUCUUGGUUAAAGGUUGUAUUUCUCUCUGUUUGGGAAUACAAUCGGUAUUUUCUAUC